AUGGGAGGGAGAAGAAAUUCAUCUUACCUUGGGAAUCUCGCUGAUUUACGGGCAGAAGCGAGCGGGGCUGGGCACACCUCGGCAGGGAGCGCUCACCUUCCCUUGCAGGCCGAGCUGGCGGCAAGGAAUCUGCCCUGUUGUGCUGGGAAGACUUUGUGAAACUCAUCUUCCACCCGGUCACCGAGAGCCCGGAGCGGAUUUGUCUUUGCAGACCUGGACUUUUCUCCCCGAUGCGCGGCCGCACCUGGCUGGGCGCUGCGCUCGUCCUUGGGGUGCAGCUCCGAGCGCUGUGGCUGGCGGCAGCAGUGGAAGUUCACACUGCCGAGGAGGUGGUUGCCGUGAACGGGACCAACCAGCGGCUGAAAUGCACCUUUUCCAGCAGCAGCCCCGUGAGCGAUCAGCUGUUAGUGAGCUGGAACUUCCAGCCCGAGGACCUGAGCUCUCACGAGCCGGUAUUUCGCUACCUGAAGGAGCCCUACAAGCCCCCCUCUGGAAGGUUUAAAGAGCGAGUCACCUGGGAUGGGAACAUCGAGCGUAACGAUGUUUCCAUCAUCAUCUGGAACCUGCAGCCCACUGACAACGGGACCUUCACCUGCCAGGUGACAAACCGGCCAGAUGUCUAUGGCACCAUCGGGGAGGUGCGACUCCGGGUUGUGCAGAAAGUGACUUUCUCAGAAAUCCAUUUCCUGGCCAUUGCCAUCGGAUCGGCCUCUGGCCUGAUGAUCAUCGUGGUGACAGCUGUGAUUAUCUGUCGGCAGCAUCGCAGGAAAGCGCGAGACAAGAGGAUCGAGGUGGCAGACACUGAGCUUAAAGAAAAGGAGAGUCUGAAGAUGAGGGAAGAAAAGGAACCCAUUCCAUUGGAAGACUAAAGGUCUUUGCUGGUGUGCACAAUGCAGGUACUUCCAAAGCAGCUGGUGAAAGCUUGUAAUUUGGGGUGUUAGAACAAAGCUGGAUUACAGACGCCCCACGCUGCCCGUGUGGUACCUCUGCUCAACCUGAAAGUCUUGCACGGAAAUAGGGUGACUUUACAUGAGCUGUGAAUUCCCUCCAGUGAAGCAAAGCAGGAGGAACUUGCCCCAUGAACAGAGAACUUUCCUCUCCAUCUUCUCACCUGUGGAAUGCGAGCGAGGCUCCUCUGGAAGAUGGAAGUGCCAAGACAGCAGACUGAACGGAGGGCUGGGAGGUGUUUGAGCAGAUGCACUCUUGCACCUUAGAAACCACAACGUGCCUUUGUGUUGCCCUGUUUUUAUUCCCUGAGAUCCUGAAAAGGAGGACUGAGCAGUGAGGGCUCAGCUGGUACAACAGACGUACUUGGAAUCGCUUUUCUGCAUUAGAUGGACAGUGUUAGAGCUGGGCAAUGUGUGCUGUUUGUUAGGGACAGCGUUCACCAGCCGGGGUGGUUUUCACAUCCAUCUCUUGCAGCUUUGGGAGGCUCUGGGGGCUGAGGAGUUUUCUGCCUGGAUUCAGCAGCUCCCCCUCCUGUUCACAUUCCCACGCUCGUUAUCCCAGUGCUCCCCUCUGUUCCCCUUAGUUCCAGCCCCCAAAACUGGAACCCACGGAGCUAUAACGGCGUCUAACCAGCCCCAGAUCAAUCCCAUUACAGUAUUUACCCAGCCCCAAAUCAAAGCCUUGACCAGUUUGUUUGUAGGGCGUCUUUAUUGCUUUACAACCUGUGAUGUGCCCGCACGUUCCCGGGCUGUUCCUGGCUGUUUGUUUUCAUUUUCUCUCACCUGUGUUGUAAAUAAAGGCACCUUGCUGAGAGCUA